GGGGUCGUCUCACCCCAAGCGAGCCAGAUGCGCAACGAUUGAUAGGGGCGGCGCCGCGUGGACUCCCCGUUCCUCCACAUAUAUAUCUUCCUCUCUCUAGUUUCCUCUCUCUGGACUUUUCUCUCUCUCUCUCUUUUUGUUUCUCAACCUUUUACUCUUUUUCGGUUCUGGCCCUUGAUUUCGCUAUAAAUCUGGGAGUCCUGGUCCCGUUUCACCAUCGCUGAGUUUAGAAAAUCCUCUGGUUCUCGUCCCUUGUCUGAGUUUAAAGGAGUUUCGAUAAGUUUGCAGCACUCUCUCUUCUGUUUGCCUGCAUUGGAAGAGUUCUACUGAGAAAACCUGAGUUCUCAAGAAUCAAGAAUCAAGAAUCGAUUGAGGAGUCUGAAUGUUGUAAUGGAGUCUAAAGGUGGCCUGAAGAAGAAGUCUAGUAGUAAUUCUCGUUUCUACGAAGCUCCCCUCGGUUACAGUAUUGAAGAUGUUCGCCCUCACGGUGGAAUAGAGAAGUUCCGCACUGCUGCCUACUCCAACUGCGUGAGGAAGCCAUCCUGAUACACCCUAACGUGACCAGCACCCAUGGUAGAGUAGGAACCAGUAACAAUAGCCAUAGCUUAUAGAUUUUGCUUUCCAGUAAUAAGAGACUCCCAUACUGUGUUUUACUUCUUUGUUGCUAUAACACCAAAGGCCUGCAACUCGUCCUGCCUUAAGCCACUGCUAGAAUGGCUCUCAACACUUCCCCCAUUGGCUUUGAGGGGUUUGAGAAGCGACUUGAGAUCAUAUUCUCGGAGCCCCCUGUCUUUGCCGACCCCAAAGGUCUUGGCCUUCGCGCCCUAUCUCGUGCACAAAUCGACGAGAUUCUCGACUCUGCACGGUGCACAAUUGUCGACUCUCUUUCUAAUGAAUUCCUCGAUUCCUAUGUCCUCUCAGAAUCAAGCUUCUUUGUUUACCCCGACAAAGUCAUACUCAAAACUUGCGGGACAACCAAGCUUCUUCUAUCGAUCCCUUUGAUUGUAAAGCAUGCGGGCUCAUUGUCCUUGACGCCAAUUUUUGUCAAAUAUUCACGAGGCUCCUUUAUUUUUCCUGGCGUUCAGCCUGCCCCUCACCGAAGCUUUUCAGAGGAGAUUUCGAUGCUUGAUGGCCAUUUCAGUCCUUUGUUGAAGAGCGAAGCUUAUGUAAUUGGUGAUCCUUCGAAGCCUGCACGCAAUUGGCAUGUUUAUGUUGCAUCAGCGCCACACAUCCCACCUCAAGUUUGUACACUGGAGAUGUGUAUGACCGGGCUUGACCAUAAACAAGCCUCUGUCUUUUAUAAAUCUGAUAUCAACUCGGCCUCAUCCAUGACUCGUGACUCAGGAAUUAAGGACAUACUCCCGAGCUUCAAGAUCAAUGACUUUAUGUUCGAUCCUUGUGGUUACUCUAUGAAUGCAAUUGAUGAAAAGGUGGUGUCGACCAUACAUGUCACCCCUGAAGAUGGAUUCAGCUACGCUAGCUUUGAAGCAGUGGGGCUCGACCCGAACCGGGUGCGGCUCAAUGAGUUGGUGAGCCGAGUCUUUGCUUGCUUUGGACCUACCGAGUUCACCAUCGCUGUGCAUUGUGGUGGCUCCAGCAUGGGCUCAUGGGCCGAGCUCACCGGCUCAGUGGAUGGGUACCGGUGUGAGCGUGCAAUCGAGCAGGACCUGCCCGGAGGUGGGUUCAUUGUGUAUCAGAGCUUUAUGAAGGUGCGUUCGAGCUCCAGCAUUUUCUCUCCUAAGUUGGUGCUCGGUUCCUGGAUCAACGAAGAAAAGACUGAGAAGGAGGCUGAUGAGUAUGGAUUUGAGAGUGAGGAUGGAGAGGAGGGCAAAGUCAUGGGGUGCAAGGAGGAAGAAGGUGGGCAUCAGCAUGGCUUCGAGGAGGAGCAGCGGAAGGUUCUUUUGGUGGUCUAGAGGAAUUGAUUCAAGUAGUUUGCAUGCUUUCAGUUUAUGGAAUAAGUUACAGUGCUUUGGAAGUAGUUGUGCUUGUGGUUUGAGUCAGCGUUUUUAGAUCAGGGAAUAAAUUACAGUGCUUUUUGGGCAUGGGUAAGAGGUGGGUGGGGACUUGGUGGUGUUUUGAGUGUGGGGGUCUAUGCUUUCAUAUUUUAUGACUUUUUCGAGUGUUUGAAUUUGAAUAAAGGCUAUACUUGGUGAAUAUGUGUAUUUUUGGUUGCGUUGGAAUAAUUUUGGUUUAGUGA